CCCUAUCAGAACCGCUCACCAGCCUUCCUUUAAAACUUACAUCUAGAGCACUACAGGACCUGUGUGGCAUAACUCCACUUUUAUACUUCUGUUCAUGAUGGAAAAUUUUCCUGACAUCAGCUAACAGAGGAUUAUUUCACUUUUUUUCUAACUUUAUUGCUCGGGGCGGCGCGCGCGUUUCUCUGCCAGGAUGGGGGACUGGAGUGCCUUGGGGAAGCUGCUGGAUAAGGUCCAGGCUUAUUCCACUGCUGGAGGAAAGGUCUGGCUCUCAGUGCUUUUCAUCUUCCGGAUUCUGGUGCUGGGUACAGCGGUGGAGUCGGCGUGGGGUGAUGAGCAGUCAGCUUUCAGGUGCAACACUCAGCAGCCAGGUUGUGAAAAUGUCUGCUAUGAUAAGUCGUUCCCCAUCUCCCAUGUUCGCUUCUGGGUGCUGCAGAUCAUCUUUGUGUCCACACCCACGCUCCUCUACCUCUGCCACGUCUUCUACCUGAUGCACAAGGAGGAGAAGCUGACUCUGAAGGAGGAGAGGCUGAGGGAGAUCCAAAGCAAAGGAGAGGAUGUGGACGUUCUGCUGAGGAAAGUUGAGCUGAAGAAGGUGAAGUAUGGGAUUGAGGAGCACGGUAAAGUUAAGAUGAAAGGAGCACUUCUGAGAACGUACAUUCUUAGCAUCAUCCUCAAGUCCAUGUUUGAGGUGGGAUUCCUCUUCAUCCAGUGGUAUAUCUAUGGUUUCAGCCUGGCGGCGCGCUAUGAGUGUGAGCGCUUUCCCUGUCCGCACAAGAUUGACUGCUUCCUCUCCCGGCCCACCGAGAAGACCAUCUUCAUCAUCUUCAUGCUCGUCGUCUCUCUGGUCUCCCUCAUCCUCAACGUCAUCGAACUUUUCUACAUCUCCUUCAAGCAGAUCAAAGACAGGAUGAAGGCUUCAGAAAAUGACCUCCACUCAGCAGGGAUGCUAAGGACUGGAGCUCGGGAUAUCUCAUACAUCUACUGCAACGGCUGCCCCCCUCCCUCUGCCCCCAUGUCCAACCUAGCUUACAACCUGGACACAGCGGAAAAGACCAACUCGUGUAACAACUACAAUAAGCAGGCCAGCGAGCAGAACUGGACAAACUUCAGCACAGAACAGAACCAGCUCGGCCAGAGAGGGAACAGUAAGAACAACAGUAGUGAGUCCAACUGCCACAACCAGGGCUUCCAAGCACCUGAAUGUCUCUCUCCAAAGGGCUGCUGUGAGCUACCAGGCAAAAUUGGGACGGUUGGAAAAGAGCUACACCUGCUGAAACAGUUAGAACGGCCUAGCAGCAGGGCGAGUAGCCGAGCCCGGCCAGACGAUUUAGAUAUCUGAUUCAGACCUGGAAUGCCUCACUCCACCCAUUCCAACCCUGGAGAUGCUGUGAGGACGAACUCCCCUGAGAAGAGACAUUGUUCAUUCUUCUGUGGGAUUCCUGAAGCUACAUCUUAUACCAAAGACAUCAAAUCUGACAUUCCUCCAUGUUGCUGUUGGUAACACUCCAUGCCACUCCAUGCUUCACCAGAUGCCUUUCAUCGAUUGUACUUGAGUCACCAUCCCUCCAUGUUCCUACAGAUAAUAUUCUGAAGACAGUGUGUUCAAUGAUGUACUGGGAAUAUCUGUUUGAUGCUGCCUGGUGCAGCAGACAUUCCAAAGCAGAUUACUUUGGAUAUAUGGUUAGAGGCGCAACCUGCAUAAAACUAAUGGCUUGAAUAGUUUGGAGUCACAGAUCAGACAAUUUUUUGGAUCAGUAGAAAGGAAAAAAAGAAGAAGGCAAAUAUUCUGCAACAUUUAUAACAAAGAAGCCUUGCCCACGGUCUGGCUUUUUCCAUCCUCACAGUCAGUGUUCAACACAGGUUGACAGUGUCUUUUCAGAGGAAUACUUCACCCACAACACAUCAUUUUUGUAUCAAGUAUUAUAUAUAUUCAUUUUGGAUGUUGCGAUGCAUUGAGCUCAAUGGUUUUCAAACAAUCAAGAUUUAAUGGUGCCAAGCGACAAAUGUGUGUUGGUAGACUACAGUGGACAUAAUUCAUUUCACUAUGCAGGCAGCACAUCUGUCCCCCUUUGAGUCUCAGUGUGUUUUCACUGACAUGAAGUGAAUAGAGCUUCACUAAUUAGAUGUAAUAUUCAGCUAAUGAUACAGUGCCAUUAGCUUAUAUUAGUUGUUGGGCUUGUUAAAUGUCAGUAACAAGUCAUCAAUAAACCCCCUUCCUGACACCACCAAACUAAAUUGACAGCUGGUGACAAACGAAGCAGCAGCAGUAUGUAUCAGAAUGUACAAGAAAGUUUGCUUGUACAAAGUUUCGAUGCAGUUAACCUUGAAACUGGAGUGAAGCUUAUCAGUGAGUUGAGCAGAAAGCAGUUAUCAGAGAAUCUCAUCUUAAAUUAUAAAUCUAAGUUUUGAAAUAAACCAUUUGAUCAUCAUUAAGUAUGGUAUACAUAACUAAGGAUCUUGUGAAAUAGAUAGUAUUUUAUGUUUUUAUGCAAUGAAUUACCCAUAGACAAGUUUCGAAUUGAGUCUUCACAUACUAUUGUCCAAAAUACAACCAAAUUAAAUUUGCACUCUAUUUAAAAUCAAAGCUUCAACAGAGGCCAAAAAGAGGAAGCCAAUUUUUAAACAAACCCAGACACAAGGGAAGGCUUGCCUGAAGUUUUCAGAACUCACACUGAGUACUGAAAGUCUGCAUAGAAACAGCUCAAACAUGGAUUUCUAUCCAUGUGCUACUCAGCACAUAACAGUCUGAAUCAAGCCCAUGAAUACUUUGAAUCCCUUCAACGCCAAGACAUUCUAAACAGAAAAGCUCACGCCUCUGAUAUGCAUUACAAUUGUUGCCAGCAGCUUUCUCGCUAAGAAAUCCAUGGAUUUGUCCAAAGGCAAGAGUCUGCCCUAGAAAAGCUCUCAGAAAAGCUCCUGAUCCAGAGACAUAAAAUCAUGGUAUUGAUCAAACCAUUUCAGAAACAUUCAGGAUAAACAUUAACAUUUCUUCAAGCAGGAUAACUUAAUUGAACCUGUUCAACUCUGUUACAUAAGUAUUGUUUGGCUGACUGAUUGACAAGGACCAUCUUCAUUCAGCCAACUAUGCUAGACAGAGGAAACUCCACCCACAGCCCAGCGAUGAAAGAAAGCAAGGCAACGCUGCGCAGCAUUCAUGGGAGCCUCUCUUCAUUUUCCAUGACAUUAGUCUUUUACAGUACACACAUUGUAGAGACUCUCCGGACAGAAAAGUGCCUUUGACCUCUAGCUGAUUCUUAUUUGCACUGCAUUUUGAAGGUUUGCCUCUAACUCAGUAACAUGGCAGUGGGUUGACCAAGCCUCCUGGCACUAAGGCUUUUUCUGUGGUACAACAAUUUCUGACAGGGACUCUGUGCCAACUGUUCAAUAAGGGGAUUGUGUCAUAAGACCAUGGAAAAUACUUGAUAUUGCUUAACAUUCCAGAGUGGCUCAUUUGAAAUAUUUUGAAUUUAUUCAAUUCAAUUCAAUUCAAUUAUUAAUUUCUUUAGUCGUUAUGUGUAUAUACAUACAUAUAUAUAUGUGUAUGUAUAUAUAAAAUGUUAAGGAACAAUGUUAAGGAACAAUCAGCUGUCUUACGGUAUUCACAUAGACACAAUGAAUAUUUGAUUUGAUUUGAUUUGUUUGGUUGAAUGACAAUUUGAUCGCUUGAUUGUAUAAUUCGAGGCUGUAUAUUUAUUAGAAUUUAUAAGUACUUUGGAGAGCUUUCGCAGUUUUGUAUUUUUUGUAUCACUGAAUAAUAUAAU